UCACACCACUUGGAGAAACGCAAACGCACAACAGCUCUUCUGCACCUUAGUAAAGACAAGACUCCAGGAGAGGCUUGUAUUGAAGUAUUAGAAGAGAGUGGACAAGGUCAAGAGAUGGGUCUUAACAGAAAGCAUUACAUUGCCAUUGGUUUGGCCAUCACACUUGUGGCGGUAGUGGUAACUGUGGCCAUAGCUGUACCGGUUUCUAAUUCCCGUAGUAGGAAAGAUGGUUCUUCGGCAAGCCGCGAUCUCGCAGUGCAGUACAUGUCUGAAACGCCUCUUAUUGACGGCCACAAUGAUUUGCCAUGGCAACUGAAAAAGUUGUACAACAACAGGCUGAAAGACGUUGAUUUGAGUGCCGAUCUGAGCGGGUCAACAACACUUCACACCGAUAUACCCCGGCUUGAGACGGGCAAAGUCGGGGGCCAGUUUUGGGCCGCCUACACAUCUUGUAAUUCCCAAUACAAAGAUGCCAUUAAUCAUAUACUGGACCAGAUUGACGUCAUCAAAAGAAUGUGUGACUGGUAUCCCGAGUCAUUCCAGUUUGCUACAUCUGCCGAUGAUAUUGUGGACGCCCACAGUAAAGGCAAAGUUGCCUCCCUUAUCGGCGUUGAGGGCGGUCACAACAUUGACAGUCAUCUGGGCGUAUUGCGCAUGCUUUAUGAACUGGGUGUCCGCUACAUGACGGUUACCCACAGCUGCAACACCCCAUGGGCCGACAAUUGGCUGGAGGAGAGUGACCCAACCCCAUUCCAGCUCGGUGGAAUAAAUGACUUUGGGGAGGCAGUCAUCCGUGAGAUGAAUCGACUGGGAAUGCUCGUGGAUUUAUCCCAUGUCUCAGUAGCCACCAUGAAUGCUGUCCUUGACAUUGUCGAAGCUCCCGUCAUUUACAGUCAUUCUUCGGCAUUUUCCGUCUGCGGCUCGUACCGGAACGUUCCGGAUUCAGUGCUGGAGCGCAUCGUUGAAAACCAAGGGGUCGUUAUGGUGAAUUUCUACACGGAGUACAUCAACUGUCCACCAAUGAACGUCAGUGCUGACCCAAGCGAAGCUACGAUGGAGCAAGUUAUACAACAUAUUGAGCACAUCCGUGGCAUCAGCAAUGGUAAAGGGAUCGACAUAGUGGGCAUUGGAGGUGAUUACGACGGCGUAGGAACGUUACCCACUGGUCUUGAAGAUGUGUCCAAGUAUCCUGAUCUGAUUGCUGCCCUCAUCGAGAAGGGAACUUGGUCCGAGGAAGAUAUUAAGAAACUUCUUGGUGAGAAUCUACUCAGAGUCUUCAGAGCUACUGAAAAGGUGAGGGAUGCGAAGAUGGCGGCAGAUGUGAAACCUUAUGACCAAACUAUCCCCAAAGAUAACGAAUGGGAGACUAACAACACCUGCAGGACCUACGUCUAAUCUGCUCAGCUUACACGUCAACACUGCUUAGUUAACUGGGCACAACACUAAUCUGUUUAGCUAAACAUCAACAUUGCUAAGCUAAACUGGGAACAACACUGCCGACUGAUCAAAUGCUCUACUUCUUGCUUUCACAAUAGGCCCAUGCCACAAGUGGCAAUUUACAGACAAUCAGUUUCAGGAAAACUCCAAGAAGAGAAUCCAUUCACAUUUAAAUUUUCAAAUAAAUGUCUAUGAAUUUGUUUGAGAAGGUGAGCUUGUACAUUCCAGAGCCUAUCUGGCAGGCAAGAUACGACCAUGGGAAAGCCUGACAAAUCACGUGCCUGAGGGAUAAAUCUUGUCAACUCUUUAGAUUGAUGAACUAUUCAUAAUAAUAUAAACCUGUACGCUUAAAACAAAUCU